GGUUUCGCCAUAUAUACUUACUCACCUAAUGAUCAGUCCAUGAACUUUCCUAAAGUCCCACAUCUGAGGAGUCAAAAAAUAGGUAAAGGCCAGAUCGAAGGUUAUCAGUUUCCCAAUUGAAACGUCGUCCAAAGUUGCUCCAAAAAGUCGUUUCGGGGCCCGCUUUUGACCCGCGGAUUGCGGAACCUCCGAGCAGCGCGGACCCUCCAAAAAUCUCUUCGACAAUUUCUCCAACCUUCAUCCCAUCAUCCUCCCCCCAAACAAUGUCGGAUACCGCACAAGUGGCCGGAAAGCGAAAGCGUGCGAGGACUCAGUCGUGCCCGCCGCCCGAGCUGCCGCAACUCGUGGCCGAGCAGCAUGCACCUAUUCCGUCGCACGACAAGGACACUCAGCGUUUAAUCGUCAUUCUCUCAAAUGCCAGUCUGGAGACCUACCGGGCCUCCAGUGGGCGUGCUGGAGCCAAGGAUGAGAAGUAUUCCCUGCUGAACAGUGAUGAGCACAUUGGUAUCAUGCGUAAGAUGAACCGGGAUAUCAGCGAGGCUCGUCCGGAUAUCACUCACCAGUGCCUUCUCACCCUCCUCGACUCCCCCGUCAACAAGGCUGGCCGCCUGCAAAUCUUCAUCCACACCGCCAAGGGUGUCCUGAUCGAAGUCAACCCCUCCGUUCGCAUUCCCCGUACAUUCAAGCGUUUCGCCGGUCUCAUGGUCCAACUGUUGCACCGCCUGUCCAUUCGCUCCACCAAUUCCCAAGAGAAGCUGCUCAAGGUCAUCAAGAACCCUAUUACCGACCACCUGCCCCCGAACUGCCGUAAGGUGACCAUGAGUUUUGAGGCACCCGUUGUCCGCACCAAGGACUACAUCGAGUCCCUUGGUCCCCGCGAGAGUAUCGCCAUCUUUGUCGGUGCCAUGGCCAAGGGUCACGAUGACUUUGCCGACUCCUUCAAGGACGAUACCAUCUCCAUCAGCAACUACAGUCUCAGUGCCAGUGUGGCUUGCAGCAAGUUCUGCCACGCAGCCGAGGAGGUGUGGGAUAUUCUGUGAGCGAAGGCGAAAGGGGAAAACUAAAUCGCGCAGCGUUACGCGCGCGUCCCUUAAGCCUGCCGUUCGCAGAUUUUCCGGCAUCAUCUCCGCGUGCCCAUGACCGCCACGAAUUUCCUUGCGAUGGGGACUGGACCACGAGCGGGUUCUGUUGAGUUGAGUGUUUUCGUGAUUUGUCUUGACUUGGACCGACGGGCCGACAGGGAGACUCGAUUCUAGGAGGAAGCAAUUUCGACAAAUACGACAUGAAAAAGAAACAAUACGCCUCUACUUUUGUUCUGUUGUUCUCUUGCAUUUGCUGGCUGUCGUCCCUUUCUUUUGUCUUUGGACUAUAUUUUAUUUCUACUUGCGUUUUUGACCGACCUAUCGAUUACCCCGUGAAGCAUACCUCUCGACGGGACGGCCUAGCCAGCCAUGUCGCAUCAUAUAUCAUAUCGAAUUGUUCCUCUGGAUCGGGGCUUCCCCUCUUGCCCUGGAUUGAGUUACGGGGGGGGGGGCAACUUUGUCUGGAUCACCGUUGCCAUUGUCCUGCAAUUCUUUUUCUUAAUUCUUUUGAUCAGAAAGAAAAGCAUCGUGACACUGGAACGAAAAUCCCACGACAAGACCAGAAAACCCCCCAACAAAAAGAAAAAAAAGAGACACUCGGACUGGAUGGCAUUUGGUUCCUUUUCGCCGCUCCAGUCCUGAUCCAGAGCCCUCUCUUUCCCGCAGCGCAGCCCUUUCUCUUCGACUGUGGCGAUGAGACCAGAAAAGUGAACAGCAAAUAGCAAAUAUCGAUCGGGAGCCCCUGUUGCUUGACAAUGGCUUCUGAGAUUAGGCACAUAUUGUGUUUGAAUACAGUACUAUUUUUGAUAUCCUUGUAUAUGAGUUGAAUGCUGUUAGAUGUAGAAGUGCUCACUUAAGCUGAGUAGUAUCAUUUUUGGUAGGAUCUGGUAGCCUACUUUGGGACUUUUGUACGUAUACCACCACUUGAGAUAGUAGAUGAUAGUCGGUGUUUAGGAGAGCAAUGUCCUCGACGUGGCAUUGACUCAAGUGUCCGCCUCACUUUGACCUGACCCUGCACAAGGCCCACUCCAGUCUACAGUAGC